CUCGUUCUUGAUCUGAACACAACCCGCCAUUGGACACUCUACCCGAUCCAAGACAGAGCCACGCAAGACCAUCAACAACACUACCCAGACCACCAUGGCGCAACGACCACUACCACCAUCGCCGGCACCAGCCGCCGCCGCCUACAGUAACCUCUCGUACUUCCGCGUGACGACCCCCGCCCCCUUCGUCGCGCACGUCGAGAUCCACCGCCCGGCCAAGCUCAACACCUUCAUCGAGGCCAUGUGGCUGGAGCUGCGGCGCGUGUUCCGGCAGCUGUCGGGCGACGCCGACGUGCGCGCCGUGGUGCUCUCGGGCGCCGGCGAGCGCGCCUUCACUGCCGGCCUGGACGUCACGGCCGCGAGCGAAAGCGGGCUGCUCCUCAGUCCCGCGGCGGGGGAAGCGGGGAGCGGGGAGGACGGCGCGCGCAGGGCGGCCAGGCUGAGGAGGCACAUCGCUGAGAUGCAGGAGUGUAUCUCGGCGGUGGAGAGGUGUGAGAAGCCCGUCAUCUGCGUCAUGCAUGGCAUCUCCAUCGGGCUGGCCAUCGACAUCGCAGCUUGCGCCGACAUCCGCGUGUGCGCCAAGGACACGCGGUUCGCCGUCAAGGAGGUCGACAUCGGGCUGGCGGCCGACCUCGGCACCCUGGCGCGGCUGCCCAAGGCCGUGGGCAGCCAGUCCUGGGUCAAGGACGUCUGUCUCUCGGCGCGCGACUUCGACGCCGCCGAGGCCCUGUCGGUCGGCUUCGUCAGCCAGGUGCACGAGUCCAAGGCCGCCGCGCUGGCCGCGGCCUUCAAGACGGCCGCCUUCAUCGCCUCCAAGAGCCCCGUGGCGGUGCAGGGGACCAAGGAGCUGCUGAAUCACAGCCGGGAUCACACGGUUGAGGAUAACCUGAGAUACACGGGUGUUUGGAAUGCUGCCGCCCUCCAAACAAGCGACGUCGCCGCCGCUCUCACGUCGGGCCUGGAAAGGCGCAAGCCAACGUUCGAGAAGCUUUGAAGGCGGAAACGAAUGCAGGCGUACGAUGUAAUAACUUGCUCUCCUCUAUGGGCACACCCCGGUGAGCUCCAGAUGUAAUCCAGACUACCACUAUCCCAUUUUCAGGGGCGACAGGAUCAUGAUAUCAAACACUCGCAACAUCUUAUCACAGAUGCGGAGAACGCCUGCCGAGCGUUGAACGUUGAUCCGCGCGCAGUUACAGGACGAGGGAUGGACCAGCACCCAAACAGGUGAGAUACGCCUAGAAACACAACUGUCUUCAUAGACGCUCCUAGUCGCUAUCCUCCAGCGGCUCCUCGGGACGGUACGUCUCUUUAAGACGCUUUUUCCGCC